AGUUUUGAUAUUAUUCUGAAGAGGUUUAUAUUCUCUAACAACUAAAGUACCAUUUUUAUAGAUCGUAGUUUUCUUCUUAGACUUAAAAUUUUUUAAAUAUGUAUUCCCUCUCACAUUUCCCUCUUUCUCGAAACUUGGUUUUUUCUCAAAUUUUUCAAACCCUCACAUUUCUCAAUUUUCCCUAAAUAAGGAUUUCGUUCUCUGAUGGAGGCGCUGGCAUUGUUAUCAUGGUGGCUCGAUUCAAACUGCGAAGUGGUUUCUUGCAGGUUUGGUGGCUCUACAGAAGUUGAGUUCGAGGAAGACGAAGACACGAGGGGUUUCACGGUGUUCACACAUGGAAGUUGCGAGAUUGGCAUUCUCUCGGUUUUCUCCUUUUUAUUGGGUUCUCUUCUUCGUGAGGCGAUUGAUGUAGGAGGACAAGACAAACCGAGGUUUCUCCAUUUAGCAGUUGUCUGCAAGCCAGUGCUCCUUAAAGGGUUGCCCUCCCACCUCCCACAUAUACUUCUCUUGCUAUAAUGUUUUAGUCAAGUAUCCACUCAAUUGCCACAACUCCUUCUGCCCCAUGUUUCACCCAUGAUAAUGAGAAACAACAAAUAUGAAGAUUGAUGGACGAACUUUCCAAGUUGUGCUUAACUAAAUUGCAAAAUUGAUGGAUUGAUGCAGAAGAUAUUUAGAUAUUGAGUUUACGUGCUGGAAGAGUAGAUGGAAAGGUGUUUCUUCAGAGAAGUAUGAGCAACUUUAAGAAAAUAAAAGUCUAGGAGAGAGUUAAGAGUCUAGCAAGCUUGUGAUGCAAACGAACUCGAGUCUUCUUUGGGUACAAUAGGAUGGAUCAUUUGGUGCUAGCAACAUUUAAGGAGUUUAUGAUGUCUUUCAAGAUGAAACUAUAUUUUGCCCAUGGAUUUUGAGUAAUUGAGUUUAGUUGUAAUCACGAUUCAAUUUAACUUACUUUUAUAUACU